UCCGGCCGAGCCCGGGGGAAGAGGCACCGCGGCGGCGACAACAUGGCGGGGCCCUGGGCUGGCCGCGGGCUGCGGGCCGGGAGCCGGAACGGGAGCCGGUUCCUCUCCACGCCAGCCGUGUCUCGGCUGGUGCCCGAGGAGAUGGUUCGGAUGCGUAACGAGCUCUUCAGCAAAGAGAAGGAGAGACAGUUGUCGCUCCAGCCACGGAUUGAGAAAAUCGAGGUGAAAUACACCGGGAAGUCACACCCUGGCACCGUGUUUGUCAUGAACAAGGCUCUGUCUACACCCUACAACUGUGCCAUGCAUUUAAGUGAAUGGCAUUGCAAGAAAUCAGUUUUGGCUCUUGUGGAUGGAGAAGUCUGGGAUAUGUACAGACCCUUGACCAAAUCAUGUGAAAUUCAGUUCCUUACCUUCAAAGAUGAAGAUCCAGAGGAAGUAAACAAGGCGUAUUGGCGUUCCUGUGCCAUGAUCAUGGCGUGUGUGCUGAAGCGGGCAUUCAAGGACGAGUACUCAGUGAGCCUCGUUAAAGCUCCAGAAGUGCCAGUGAUCUCUGGAGCUUUCUGUUAUGAUGUACUUUUGGACAACAGACUGAAUGAAUGGAAACCAACAAAUGAAAACUUCCGUUCUCUUACAAGAGAUGCCAAAAAGCUAAUCUAUCAAGACCUGCCCUUUGAAACACUGCUUGUCGAAGCAAAAGUAGCACGAGAAAUGUUUCAGCAUAACAGAUACAAAAUGGAGGUGAUAGAACAAAAAGCUUCCCAGAAUAUGGAAGGAAUUGUAACGUUACACAGGUUUGGUGACUUUGUAGAUGUUACUGAAGGCCCCCAUAUUCCAAGGACAAGUUUCUGUUUCCAGUAUGAGAUAACAGCAGCCCAUAAUCUUCAGACUGACCAAUCUGAAUUGAUAAGGAGGUUCCAGGGUGUGUCCCUGCCAAUCCAUUUGAAGGCUCACCACACCGUGUGGCCCAGACUGCUGGAAAGAUCAAAGAGGCUGGUCACUGAAGAAAAAUACGUGGAAGCAGCAGCAGAACAUCUUGAGGCAAAAGAUGGAACUGAAGAAGGAAAAACUGUGUCAUUAAAUUAACUUGAACCUCUCAAUGUACAUAAUAAAAUGUGUAUUUUUACAUGACUCGUAUAAAAA